UGGAAUCUACCUCGUCCCAAGUUGGCCACGCUGUUUUUUGUAGAAGUCAAAACUAGUCAAGACGAGCCAAAGUUUAGUCGAAGCCGUACGGAGCAAUUUGAAAAGCGGCACUCAUUUGAAUAGUGCGUUUCUUCUGGAAAGCAACGGUCAUCUUGGGAUGCCAGAGACCGCAAUCCAUUACUCAGACAAAUACUACGAUAACAAGUACGAAUACAGACAUGUGAUCCUGCCACCUGAGAUGGCCCAGUCUGUGCCCAAGACCCACCUGAUGACCGAGACUGAGUGGCGUAACCUGGGAGUGCAACAGUCCCUUGGCUGGGAGCACUACAUGGUUCACUCGCCUGAGCCCCACGUCCUUCUGUUUAGGAGGCCCACCAAAGCAAUGUGAACCACUGUCACCGCAAUGCCAUUGCUGGCGAUACAAGGCAGCUGACAACUAUAGUGACAAUAUAAACAUGCAAUGACCCACUCGA